CCUCACUCUCUAAUCAUGCCUGCCGACGCACCCCCCGUUAAAGCGGCCAAGAAGGGCUCAAAGAAAGCCGUCGCUAAGAGCGUCAGCAAGACUGGAAAGAAGAGGAGAAAGUCCAGGAAGGAGAGCUACGCCAUCUACGUCUACAAGGUGAUGAAGCAGGUCCACCCCGACACCGGCAUCUCCUCCAAGGCCAUGGGCAUCAUGAACUGCUUCGUGAGCGACAUCUUUGAGCGCAUCGCAGGUGAGGCCUCUCGUCUGGCUCACUACAACAAGCGCCGCACCAUCACCUCCAGGGAGAUCCAGACCGCUGUCCGCCUGCUGCUGCCCGGAGAGCUGGCUAAACACGCCGUGUCUGAGGGCACCAAGGCCGUGACCAAGUACACCAGCUCCAAGUAAACUGCUGCUGAUAUACCAACAACACAAAGGCUCUUUUAAGAGCCACCCACUACAUCUAUAGACGUGUUCCUCUGAAUAAGUGCACGCACGAUCCAUUUUGGGGAAUCUUCCGCAUGCCUUUUGGCGAA